CUCCCCGCCGGCCGGAAGUCCCUGUUCUGAAUGGGUCUGGAGCCGGCGGCCGCCGCUCCUCCGUGCGGGCUUCACGCCGGGCGACUCUGCAUCUCGGCUCCCGUCGGCCGCUAGGUUCAUGUGGAGGCUCCCAGGCCGCGUCGCGCUUCGUCGGGUCGGGUCGGUGGUGGAGGCGUGCAGCCGGGCCGAGGCCGCAGCCGAGGCCGAGACCCCCGCGCGCGCCAUGGAGCGCGCAGUGGUGCGCUGUGUGCCCUCGGAGCCCAAGCUCAGCCUGUCUUUCGCGCUGGCCGACGGCAGCCACAAGAACAUGCAGCGCGACCAGAGCGAGCCUCUGGGCCGGGCCCUCAGCCGGAUCGCCACCAACGCCCUGAAGGGCCACGCGAAGGUCGCCGCUGCCAAGAAGAACAGGAAGAGCCGAGCCCACUCGAGCGGCGGCGCGGCCUGCGCGGCGACGGGGCCCGAAGCGGCCGCGGCCUGCGAGCCGGUGGUGAAGCUGUACUACCGAGAGGAGGCCGUGGCGGAGGAUGUGCUCAACGUGGAUGCCUGGCAGGACGGCGCCGUGCUGCAGAUCGGCGAUGUCAAGUACAAGGUAGAGCGCAACCCGCCUGCCUUCACGGAGCUGCAGUUGCCGCGCUACAUCAUGGCCGGCUUCCCGGUGUGCCCCAAACUCAGCCUGGAAUUCGGGGAUUCCGCCAGCUCCGUGUUCCGCUGGUACAAAGAAGUCAGACCCGGUGCGGCAGAGCCCGGGGACAGCGGCCUCGCGUCCUCGUCUCGCUCCUUGCCGUCUUCAGCUUGGACCGAGACGGGUGUCGACGAGCGCGUCUACACCCCGUGCAACGCGGACAUCGGGCUCCGGCUCAAGCUCCGCUGCACCCCGGGCAACGGGCAGCGCUUCGGGCCAAGCCGCGAGCUGGAAAGCGUGUGUCCGGUGGAGGCCGGGCCUGGCACCUGCACUUUUGACCAUCGACACCUGUACACCAAGAAGGUGACAGAGGACGCCUUCAUCCGUACUGUCUCCUACAACAUCCUGGCAGACACGUACGCCCAGACUGAGUUCUCUCGGACAGUCCUGUACCCGUACUGUGCCCCCUACGCCCUGGAGCUUGACUACCGCCAGAACCUUAUCCAGAAGGAGCUCACGGGCUACAACGCAGACCUCAUCUGUUUGCAGGAGGUGGACCGCGCAGUGUUCUCCGACAGCUUGGUGCCGGCCCUGGAGGCCUUCGGGCUGGAGGGCGUGUUUCGAAUCAAACAGCACGAAGGCCUGGCCACUUUCUACCGGAAGUCAAAGUUUACCCUCCUUAGCCAACACGACAUUUCUUUUCAAGAAGCCUUGGAGUCGGACCCUCUGCACAGAGAAUUACUAGAGAAACUGGCUUUGAACCCUCUAGCGCAGGAGAAGGUCCUCCAGAGAUCGUCUGUCCUUCAGAUUUCAGUUCUUCAGUCUACAAAGGACUCUUCUAAAAAGAUAUGUGUUGCUAAUACCCAUCUCUACUGGCACCCAAAAGGUGGAUAUAUUCGUCUCAUUCAAAUGGCAGUAGCUUUGGUUCACAUUAGACAUGUUUCGUGUGACCUGUAUCCUGGCAUACCAGUUAUAUUUUGUGGAGACUUUAAUAGCACACCAUCAACAGGAAUGUAUCAUUUUGUCGUCAAUGGCAGCAUUACAGAGGAUCACGAAGACUGGGCUUCCAAUGGGGAAGAGGAAAGGUGCAACAUGUCUCUCACACACCUUUCCAGACUGAAAAGUGCUUGUGGUGAACCUGCUUACACAAAUUAUGUUGGUGGCUUCCACGGAUGUCUAGAUUACAUUUUCAUUGACUUAAAUGCUUUCGAGGUUGAACAGGUUAUACCGUUACCUAGUCAUGAAGAAGUUACCACCCACCAGGCCUUACCUAGUGUUUCUCAUCCUUCUGAUCACAUAGCACUGGUAUGUGAUUUAAAAUGGAAAUAGAUUUUGCUUCAUUGAGUCUGAAAAGGAAGCUAGUUACUUUUCAGGAAAUUUAAUAUGAAUCAGAGCUUAUAUAAAAAAAAAAUCUUCAAAGAGGAAAUCUAGUCACUAAACUUUAUUAUGGUCAUUCCCUGUUAGUUAUGUCCCAGAUGGCUUUGUUACAGAACCAAUUCAUGUUUGCAUCAUAUAAUACCCUUUUCCUCUUUAUAAUUUCCUACAUGUGGAGGAAAACAUAUUUAUGAUUAGCCAAGAAAAAAAUUGAAUUAUUGUGUACAUUUUAUAAGUUUUUUUAAUCUGGUAAUUAAGAUUUUUAAGUACUCUUUGAAUAAUCUCAUAAUUUUUCUUUCAUAACACAUUUUACAUUGAAUUAUGUUCAUAUAAUUGGGGGAGGAGGAGACAUGCAGGUAAAAGAUGGAAGACUUCAGAGAGACAUGGAAUACAUUAGUCUAUCACUACCUCAGUUUGGUUAGAAUUUAUUAUAAUUUUAGAGCUUUAACAAAAGAUUAAAAUAUUCCAUUACCAAUUGUUACAGCUUCUUCAUUUUUCAGUUAACAAGGUAUUUCCUCAUUUCUAGAAUUUUGUGUUUAGUGUACAAAGGAUGGCACAAAUGUGCAGAAUCUGUUCUCAUUCAACUUCAGCCCAUUUUAAUAGUAAGGUGCAAGCACAGUGGACUCUUCAAAGGGAGCAGCAACAGCACUUGAUCCCCUUGUCUUCACUCUUGAUCGUGACAAAUAUAUGUAAACACACAGGGUACUUGACCAUAUGAUAGCAAGUUACAGCACAGUUAUUUUAUGAGAACCUUCUGAUAGGGGCUUCAAAUUGUACAUGAACCAUUGAGCAUUUCUAAGCGGGAAGUGUUUUCAAAAUUGUAGUUCUUAUAAGGAGGAAAAGGGAGCCAGGCAUGGUGCUUUAUAGCUGUAAUCCUAGCACUCAGGAGUCUGAGGUAGGGCUGCUUUGAGUUCAAUAGUAGUCUGGGUUACACAGUUCAAGGCCAGUUUGGGCUACGUAAAUAGGAAAAAAAGGGAGACAGUGGGCUUUUGCCAAUAUCUGAAACAAACUUUUCCUUUUUCUUUUUUCUUUUUUGGUUUUUCGAGACAGGGUUUCUAUGUGUAGCUUUGCGCCUUUUCUGGAACUCGCUUUGGAGACCAGGCUGGCCUUGAACUCAUAAAGGUGCCUCUGCCUCCCGAGUGCUAGGAUUAAAGGUGUGUACCACCACUGCCUGGCUGGAACAAACUUUUUAUAGACUUAAGGAUUGUAGUUUGAGUAACAGAAGAGUGCCACAUAAUUUAUAUAUAAAAGAAAAUUUAAAAAUGAAGCCAAACAUUUUAAGAGGAGAAAUUACAAGUUGUAUUAAGUAAUAUCUAGUUUAGAUAACUAAGUUUUACUAAAUUUGUUGUCACCAUACCUUACUGGUAAUGCUUUAGCUAUUGCCUUUUGAUGUUCAGAAUUCACACUAUAGCAUAGCUUAUAUUUCUGCAGUUAAUUUCUGGCUUAGAUAGUAAAGGCUUGUUACCUCAAAAAGAGGUUUAAUUUCCCAGUCUUGAAGCCUUUAUUUCAAAUUUUUUAAUUUCUAACCCAAUACCAUAAGAACUUUCCUCUUUUGAAAAUGUCUUUUCCCCCAUAUUCUUCUAAUGUAAUUUGUUUUCAUAUUCUAUCAGAUACCCUUAAGUUAAUAAGUCUGAGAAUAUAAACAUUUCACCUGCACUGCAGAUUGAACCUUAUUCAAAUUAUUUAAAGGGAAAUAAUCAUUAAGGUGGCAGUUUCUUGGGAUCUUGUUUAAAAAAAAUUAGCUCAUGAAACAUUGAUGCUACCAAAUUGUGCCUUCCUAAAUAUGGUAGUGGGUUAUUUUGUUUGUUUCUUUUCCUGAGGAUCAAAUUCAGGGCCACUGAGUUACAUUCCCAUCCAUAUAUAUUUUGAGAGCAUUUCAAUGGCAGUUUAUAUAGUCAGAACUAGUUCUUUUGCAAAAUUUUUUUUCAAGAUUGUUUCUGUGUUGCUGGGGAUUGAAUCCAGAAUCCUGAGCAUGCUAAACAUGUGUAGUACUGCCAAACUACAGUAGCAACACUUUUUAAAAUUUGGGCUUGUUUUGCUUUCAGAUAUGCAUGUUCACAAAUUUUAACACCAACUCUUAAGGAGUUGACAGUAAUUACUCAGCAAGAAGUCAACAUUUUGAAAGAAAACUGUUUAAUGUGAGACUAUUCAUACCCCCCCCCCCAAAAAAAUGCAUUGAGAUCCUUUAUUUAAUCCAAUGGUGGGCAUGAAUUGUGGUCAGAGAAACUAGAAUUUACCAAACAUCCCAAGUCCUUAAAUUUGAUAUUUGUGGAUUAAAUGAUAUAAUCAGAUUAUAUACAGAUAUUUCAGGAUAUUCAGAUAAUGAAGUAUAAAGAUUUGACUAUAAAAGAGCAUACAGGUGUUAGGAUGACUGGAGUGCAAAGACAGGGAACUCUACAAAAAUUCUAUAAAUACCAUACCAAAAUCUAUUUGUACUUGCAAGUUAGUACAAGGUGUUAAUCGGAGUGUUUAAGCUAUCUUUGUGGUUGAGUUUUUCUAUUACAUUUGGAGUUUUUAAUUCAUUUUAUUUUAAUAAAUAUGAGAAGUCUAGCAACUUUGGGGUAAACCACAUUUUAUGUCACAAGUUCUUGCUGAAGGAAAAGUAUUUUAGAGCAGGUUCUUCUGUUAAAAUCAACUCCUACACUGUCCCCAUAAUGAACACUAAUUUUGUAAUUCAUUUGUAAAACCAUUUCUGGCUACAGUGUUGUGGCUUUAUUCACUUGGUAUGUUUUUCAGGUUCAUCCAUGUUAUAAUAUGUACCAAUACUUCAUCUUUUUUUAUAGCUGAGUAUUUUCUACUGUGUGGAUAAUACAUCUUGCUUAUCUGA